CAAUUUCUUCGAGCUUUGAAAAAUGGCGAAAGGGAAAAAAGAGCUGUUAUCAUCAGCACCAUGGAGGGUAGAGGAAGAUGAUAAAUUCAAAGAUGCAAGGAUGAAAGUGACAAGUCAACCAGGUAAAACGGCAACUAUGCAUGUUCCUGGUAAAAAAACAGUGAAUUUUAAAGACAAUGAUGAUUCUCUUGAAAUUGAUCCUCAACUUCGUUACAGCUUCCAACGUAACUUCCAGUUUCUUCAACGUGUCUUCAGCAUUGACACAGUUGUUAAACCUCUGCCUCCUGCAAUGGGGUACAAUGUCGCUCGUAACUUGACCUUCUUCACGAGUAUCUUUACGCAAUUCUUUAAUCCUGAAGGAAUAGCAAAUGCACAAAAAUCUCUCGGCUUAGGACAGGAAGAAAAAGUUCGUAAGGUCCGUUAAAGGACUUAUUUAGUCUCUGUAAGAAGAAUGUUGUUUAAUUUUCGUUUUCCUUUGCUGUACCUCUGAUAUGUUGAAGACUCCGGCAAUUUUGUACUCUAUAUUCAUUUGCUGAUAAAUGACAGGUAAUCUUAAA